AUGGACCCAAGACAGGGGUAUUCCCUCAACAGAUACCAAGCCCGCCCAGCCCAGGGCUAUGAGCACAGCAGGCACAGGCACCAGCAGCCGGAGCGGGUACCUUAUCGUGACAGUUUCCAGCUCCAGCAAAUAGAGUUUCUCAAGGGGCAGCUCCCAGAAGUGCCCCUAUUUGGAAAGCAGCCACCGUCAUUGCUACCGUUCCCCCCUGGACUCCAGCCGAGGUUUCCAGGACCACCUGCCAGAGGCAGGCCCUUCCAGAUCCAAGGUGUCCACAGGGGCGUGCCUCUCAGAAGUCAGGUACUCCCAAGACGGUUCCAGCAUCCUUCCCCACGUGGCCACUUUCGGCCAUGGAGAGGUGUUGAUAGGCUCUCCUCACAUUUCCAGGGACUGACCAUCAGCCAGGAUCAGGAACGAAGGACCCUAGAGCUCUUGGAUGAGCUUGGGGACGGGAAGGCCACCACAGCGCGUGAUCUGGCCCGGAAGCUGCAAGCCCCGAAGAAGGACAUCAACCGAGUCCUAUACUCUCUGGCAGAGCAGGGUAAGCUGCACCAAGAGGCAGGAUCUCCCCCUUUGUGGAGAGCCACAGUCCCGGGUCAGGCUCAGAACCAGCCCAGCCCAGUAACAAGGGCAGACAGUCCAACCCCAGGAGCUCCAAGCCCAGACUCCAGUGUGGAAGCUGAAGACCGAAGCUCCCCGUUUGGCUUGGAAGAGCCUCCUGAGCCUCUCGACAUGGCUGAGAUCAAGGAAAAGAUCUGUGACUACCUGUUCAACGUGUCCAACUCCUCUGCCCUGAACUUGGCCAAGAACAUCGGCUUCACUAAGGCCCGGGAUGUGAACGCUGUGCUGAUUGACCUGGAAAGGCAGGGGGAUGUCUGCAGACAGGGCACCACCCCUCCCAUAUGGCAUUUGACUGACAAGAAGCGAGAGAGGAUACAGAUCAAGAGAAACAAGGACAGUGUUCCCGAGACCACUCAAGCUGCUGCUGUCCUGGAGACCAGGAAAACCGCAGAGGCCCCCACCUGCAAUUUACCGGCCUCAGACGCCUCCGACAGCACGGCCACCCCAGCAAAGGUGGAAAAUGGGCAGGAACCCACCGUCAAGUUAAAAAUCAAGCAAGAGGCCACAGCAGAGCCAAUAAAACUGAAACCACCUGUUCAUGACAACGGCCCCUCCAAAACAGGGUAUGUUGACUUUGAAAACGGCCAGUGGGCCACAGAUGACAUCCCCGAUGACUUGAAUAGUAUCCACGCUGCACCAGGUGAGUUCCGCGCCAUCAUGGAGAUGCCCUCCUUCUACAGUCAUGGCUUGCCACGGUGCUCGCCCUACAAGAAGCUGACAGAGUGCCAGCUGAAGAAUCCCAUCAGCGGCCUGUUAGAGUAUGCCCAGUUCGCUAGUCAGACCUGUGAGUUCAACAUGAUAGAGCAGAGCGGACCACCCCAUGAACCUCGAUUUAAAUUCCAAGUUGUCAUCAGUGGCCGAGAGUUUCCCCCAGCUGAAGCUGGCAGCAAGAAAGUGGCCAAGCAGGAUGCAGCCAUGAAAGCCAUGACAAUUCUGCUUGAGGAAGCUAAAGCCAAGGACAGUGGAAGAUCAGAAGACUCAUACCACUACUCCUCAGAGAAAGAAUCAGAGAAGACUGCAGAGUCCCAGACUACCGCCCCUUCAGCAGCACCCUUCCUUUCUGGGAAGAGCCCCGUCACUACAUUGCUCGAGUGUGUGCACAAGUUGGGGAGCUCCUGUGAAUUCCGUCUCCUGUCCAGAGAAGGCCCUGCCCAUGACCCCAAGUUCCAAUACUGUGUUGCGAUGGGAGCCCAUACCUUCCCCACUGCCAGUGCCCCAAGCAAGAAGGCAGCGAAGCACAUGGCUGCAGAGGAGGCCAUGAAGGCCCUGCAAGGGGAGGCGACCAGCUCGGCGUCUUCUGACGACCAGCCCGGAAGUACGAACACGGAAUCAUUCGAUACCUUGGAAUCAGUGAUGCCCAACAAGGUCAGGAGGAUCAGUGAGCUCGUCAGAUACCUGAACACCAACCCAGUGGGAGGCCUAUUGGAGUACGCCCGCUCCCACGGCUUUGCUGCUGAGUUCAAGUUGGUUGACCAGUCCGGACCUCCUCACGAGCCCAAGUUCGUUUACCAAGCCAAAGUUGGCGGUCGCUGGUUCCCAGCCGUCUGCGCGCACAGCAAGAAGCAAGGCAAGCAGGAAGCUGCAGAUGCGGCCCUCCGCGUUUUGAUUGGGGAGGACGAGAAGGCAGAGCGCAUGGGUUUCACAGAGGUAACCCCACUUCCUCUCACGGGCAGCACCUUCCACGACCAGAUAGCCAUGCUGAGCCACCGGUGCUUCAAUGCCCUCACCAAUAGUUUCCAGCCCUCCUUACUCGGCCGCAAGAUCCUGGCUGCCAUCAUCAUGAAGAAAGACUCUGACGACCUAGGUGUUGUGGUCAGCCUGGGGACAGGGAAUCGCUGUGUGAAAGGAGAUUCUCUGAGCCUGAAGGGAGAAACUGUCAAUGACUGUCAUGCAGAGAUCAUCUCCCGGAGAGGCUUCAUCAGGUUUCUCUACAGCGAGUUAAUGAAAUACAACCCCCAGACGGCAAAGGAUAGUAUAUUUGAACCUGCUAAAGGAGGAGAAAAGCUUCAAAUAAAAAAGAGCGUGUCGUUCCAUCUCUAUAUCAGCACGGCCCCAUGUGGGGAUGGGGCCCUCUUUGACAAGUCCUGCAGCGACCGAGCUGUGGAGAGCACAGACUCCCGCCACUACCCUGUCUUCGAGAAUCCCAAACAAGGCAAGCUCCGCACCAAGGUAGAGAACGGGGAAGGCACGAUCCCAGUGGAGUCCAGUGACAUUGUGCCCACGUGGGACGGCAUUCGUCUGGGAGAGAGACUCCGCACCAUGUCCUGCAGUGACAAAAUCCUGCGCUGGAAUGUGCUGGGCCUGCAGGGGGCACUGUUGACCCACUUCCUGCAGCCUGUGUAUCUCAAAUCCGUCACUCUGGGUUACCUGUUCAGCCAGGGGCACCUGACCCGUGCCAUUUGCUGCCGUGUGACAAGAGAUGGAAGUGCGUUUGAGGACGGACUCCGACAUCCCUUUAUUGUCAACCACCCCAAGGUUGGCCGAGUCAGCGUAUACGAUUCCAAAAGGCAGUCUGGGAAGACCAAGGAGACAAGUGUCAACUGGUGUUUGGCUGAUGGCUACGACCUAGAAAUCCUGGACGGGACCAGAGGCACCGUGGAUGGGCCACGGAACGAAUUGUCCCGGGUCUCCAAAAAGAACAUUUUCCUUCUAUUUAAGAAGCUCUGCUCCUUCCGAUACCGCAGAGAUCUACUUAGACUCUCCUAUGGUGAGGCCAAGAAAGCUGCCCGUGACUACGAGAUAGCCAAGAACUACUUCAAAAAAUGUCUGAAGGACAUGGGCUACGGGAACUGGAUAAGCAAGCCCCAGGAGGAGAAGAAUUUUUACCUCUGCCCAGUGUAG